AUGGCGAGUCCGAGUCGUUCCAUGCCAACUCCCACUCUGGGGUCGGCGAGUGUUCCUCCCCCUGCUUCACAGACUGCUACGCAAGUAAGCAUCACAUCACCGGCCGGGUCUGACCCGACUGAUCGCUGGCUCACUGACCGCAUCGUCACGGUGACGGUUGGAAAAGAGGAGAAGAAAUGGGCCGUCCACGAGAAGCUCCUCUCGAGCAAGUCGCAGUUCUUCAACCAGUACUUCAACAGCGCCGACUCCAACGUUAACCGCGAUGAAAUGAAGUUGCCUGAUGAAGACCCUAAGUUGUUUGGCCUCUUCAUCCGCUGGCUCUACGGCAAUGCCUUCGCCACCUCGGGCGGCACCCGUCCGUUCCGUUUUCAGCCGCCUGAUGGAAAGGACGUUACCGUUCGCGACUACCUCGCUCUCUACGUUCUAGGUGGCAAAUUCGGCAUGGUCGGCUUGCGCAACGCAGCCAUCGAUGCACUUUACACGCACUUCGGCGAGGUGACGGAUUUCCACGAGUCGCCCAACUUCGAGGAUAUCGACUACAUCUUCACCCACACGACGCCUGAUGCACCGAUCCGCCGCUUCCUCAUCGUCCACGCGCUCUUCUACCUCUUCAGCAAGGGCCGUCGCAACGCCCCUCUGCCCGCCGAUUGGGGCAAGGUGCUCUGCAAGAAUGGCGAGAUCGGCUGGGCGAUGAUUCGCAUGCUCGCGGACUGGAACUGGACUAUGGGCGUUAAUGCGCCGCCUAUGAAGGUCAAGGCGAGGUACCAGUUCCAUGAGAAGGAGGCUGAGUCACCCAAGAUUAAGCCCGAGAGACCGGAUGCCGUGGAGAUGGGGACUAUUCCGAACAUUGAUGUCGACUGA